GCCGGUUGUACGCGGGCGGAGCGCGGGGAGCCCGAGCAGCCCGAGGCGGCGGCCGCACCGCCACCCUCCCGGCCGCCCGCCCGGCCGCCGACGCGGGCACGAAGAGCGCGGCCGGCCGGCGCCACCCCGCCCCGGGGUGCGGCCGGGGCCGCCCGAGAACCCUGCCCGGCGGCGUCCCCAGCGGCCGCCCCUAAGUUGGCCGCGCGAAACUUUUCCCCCGCGCGCCUGGGCGCCACCCCCGCCGAGACCCGCCGCCCGUGGGAGUGAAGGGGGGGGAGAGGCCCUCGGCUCCCUCCCCCCCCGCCGCCCGGCCUCCCGUCGGGGCGCAGCCGGGCGCGGCGGCGGCGGCGGCGGCGGCGGCGGCGGGGUCGGGGCCCCGGGCGAUGGCCGCGGAGCUGGCGAUGGGCGCCGAGCUGCCCAGCAGCCCGCUGGCCAUCGAAUACGUCAACGACUUCGACCUGAUGAAGUUCGAGGUGAAGAAGGAGCCGCCCGAGGCCGAGCGCUUCUGCCACCGCCUGCCGCCCGGCUCGCUGUCCUCGACGCCGCUCAGCACGCCCUGCUCCUCCGUGCCCUCCUCGCCCAGCUUCUGCGCGCCCAGCCCGGGCACCGGCGGCGGCGGCGGCGGCGCGGGAGGCGGCGGCGGCGCGGCGCAGGCCGGGACCGCCCCGGGGCCGACGAGCGGGGGCCCGGGCGCCGUCGGGGGCGCCUCGGGGAAGCCGGCGCUGGAGGAUCUGUACUGGAUGAGCGGAUACCAGCACCACCUCAACCCCGAGGCGCUCAACCUGACGCCCGAGGACGCGGUGGAGGCGCUCAUCGGCAGCGGCCACCACGCCGGGCACCACGGCGCGCACCACCCGGCGGCCGCCGCGGCCUACGAGGCUUUCCGGGGCCAGGGCUUCGCGGGCGGCGGCGGCGGCGGCGGCGGCGCGGACGACAUGGGCGCCGGCCACCACCACGGCGCGCAUCACGCCGCGCACCACCACCACGCCGCGCACCACCACCACCACCACCACCACCACCACCACGCCGGCGCGGGCCACCACUCCGGCGCGGGCCACGGCGGCGGCGGCGGCGCGGGCCACCACGUGCGCCUGGAGGAGCGCUUCUCCGACGACCAGCUGGUGUCCAUGUCGGUGCGCGAGCUGAACCGGCAGCUGCGCGGCUUCAGUAAGGAGGAGGUCAUCCGGCUGAAGCAGAAGCGGCGCACGCUCAAAAACCGCGGCUACGCGCAGUCCUGCCGCUUCAAGCGGGUGCAGCAGCGGCACAUUCUGGAGAGCGAGAAGUGCCAGCUCCAGAGCCAGGUGGAGCAGCUGAAGCUGGAGGUGGGGCGCCUGGCCAAGGAGCGGGACCUGUACAAGGAGAAAUACGAGAAGCUGGCGGGCCGGGGUGGCCCCGGGGGCGCGGGCGGGGCCGGCUUCCCGCGGGAGUCCUCGCCGCCGCAGGCCGGGCCGGGCGCGGCCAAGGGCGCCCCCGACUUCUUCCUGUGAGCGCCGGGCCCGAGCCCGCGCCGCCGCCG